AUGGAAGCACUUCAAAACAAAGGAUUGCACAUCAACACUGCCAAAUCAGCUUUCUUGCUCACCAUGGGAGGGACCAAUUUCCGUGCUGUGCGCUCUGGCUUGAUUCAACGGACAAGUGCAGGCGAGAGAAUAAAAAUUCAUGGCGAUCACCAGACUUUUGAUCUUCCAGUGCUGCAUCAAACCAAAUACCUAGGCACCUUGAUCAGUUAUGGGUCCUUUGAAGAUGCCACAACCAAGCUUCGUGUCAGCCAUGCCAGACUUGCUUUCACCAGAUUGAAGAAAUGGCUCACCGCAAGACGGGGCUUAGCUGUCAAAGAGCGUAUGCGCUUGUGGUCCACAUGCGUUUUUCCAGUUUUGACGUAUGGCAUUUUCACAAUUGGCCUGACCACCAAGGGUCUUCAGAUGCUGCAGCACACCAUGAUAUCAAUGAUCCGACAGAUUCAUCAUGAUCAUGCAUAUCUAACUGGACGAUCAAAUGAGCAUGCCCUACUUUUUCACGGUGUGGCACCUCCAUUGCUCUGGCUAUGGACGACUGCUGAUUCCUUGUAUCAGUCAGUCACCAAGAUGCAUCCGCAUUCGACAGAGUUUGACCUGUGCCAGACAUUUGACUGGACUGCCUUGCAACAGACCAUUGAUUUCAUCCACCAUCAACAUGCCAAGGGCCUGACCGUGCCCAGUGGAAAGCUUGCAAUGGACGAGGACACCACGCUGGAGCAACGACAAGCCCGCCCGGUGGCACCAUUUCCGGAGAAUGCUGCGCCUGGCCUGGCCUUGAGCACAGGUGCCAUACCAAAGCUGACAAAGGAAGAACUGCACUCCAUCCAGCAACAUGAGUUUGGACCUAGGGCACAGGCAAUGCAUCACCAUUUCCGUUUGAUGCACAGUGCCUACAGCAACCUGGUGCACUCCAAGGCGACGCAGCUCACAAAUUUGAUGAGUGACGAGGCGCCUUGCCCGGCAUGCGGUGUGAUCUUCAACUCGACGCACUCAUACAACGUCUGGUUCCAGGUAGCCAUGCUGAUUGUGCACGGCCCCAAACCUGCCACAGAUGUUCAUGCCAAGCCGCUGGAUACCAUGCAGUGCGAAAUAUGUGGGGUCCAUUGCUCCUCUGCUCAGGAGCUACAUGCCCACCUUCAGAAAGUUCACCGAUUGAUCAGCUCGGUGUGGCAUGAAAGCAGAGACAGCUGUGAUGGCAAACCGAUUUGCAACCACUGCAAACAGGACUUCAAGAACCUUGAAAGCUUGCGCAGUCACAUAAACCAGGGAAGAUGUGCCAAAUUCAACCCUGAUUUGACCACCACUCCAACGGAAGUUCUGCUGCUGUGGAAAGAAGCAUGCUGUCAGGGACGACUUGAAGACAUCCUCUCUGAUCCACACAACAAGCUACGGCUUACGUUGCGUUGCCAAUGCUGCCCCAAGAAGUACACCAGGUCAGCCGAUCUCUCGGCUCACCUCCAAGGUAGUCACGCAGAGAUUUGGAUGGCGGCACAACCUUUUGUUCAUCAACUGGUGCAGGGCUUUUAUGGCUCAUUGGGCUGUGUUUGCAAUCCAUCCUGCAAUGUCAACCGGCUUCAUCAUGUGUGCAUGCCUUUUUUGCAGCUGAGCAUGCAAUUUGCCAGACUCAAAGAUGCGAUGUUUCUGCCAGCCAAACAGACUGUCACAGAGAUUGCGAGAGUUCUUCCACCACAUGUCCCUGUUGACCUUCGUGGAACUCUGGAGCUUGCCUUGGCCAACUAUGACCUUGACUCUCUCUGGACAGAUGCGCUGCUGAUGGAUGCAUUGAGCGGCACUUGCGUUUUCUGCGGCCAUGAUCUCCUGCCGGCAGAGCUCAACUACCACCUGCAUGAGGACGAUGCGUUGCAGCAGAUGCUGCAGACCUUCCAGAACAUUGCGCCGCUUCUGGACAACAGCCUGAAACUGGCUCCCAAUCCAGCAGCGCCCAAAAGGCAAAGACGGGCACCGGACCAUGCAGAUCCAAACGACAAAAGCUCACUCACAAAGGGCCAGCCACAGCAGAUCGAUCAACAGAAGCUCCUUCUCCUGAUGGGCCGCCUGCUUCUGAAAGUGGAUCGAGACCUCCAGGUGCUCCAGCGCGAAACCACAUUCAUCAUCUUCUUCAGCAGUCAGGAACAGACCGGCAUCCUUCCUCUGCUCCUGCAGGAAGCCAAUCAAUGGCAUCAGCAAUCAAAGGAGGGGUCAUCAUCAUUGAGGAUGCCGCUGAGACAAGUCUUGCUUCAGUCGGUGGUGAAGGAACUGAUCGCGCGGCUGACCAAGCUGACAGAGGCCCCAGCCGACUCUCCUCUCCUGGAAGUGGCACGGAAGACCAACAUCGUGCUGGAGAACAACACGAUUCCCUUCAUGGAAUGGGAUGCCUCGGAGAAGCGGCUGAAGGUGGCAGCCAAAACACCGGUGAGCCUGACCAAGAUGGGAGAACAUCUCCUGGAACUUCAAGAGGGGUUCAAGGAUGCCAACCUAAUCCUGAAAUUCCACUCCUUGCCAACCAAGCCGGACAGUGUGAUCACACCCUGGCGACUCCAGAUGUCCUCGCGGGAGGAUCGCACCUACGAGCUCAUGCUGCACCUGGCACAGAGCCAAAUAUGGACACUCAUUGCGGCCAGCCUCAAGCAGCACAACCUCUACCAGAGCUCCCUUGCGGCCAACCUGGAAGUCGGUCUCGGCCUGAAGCCAAACAAGGGAGAAGUGAUUCCUACGCAGCAGCAGCUUCUUGAAGCUGUCUCCAAAAUGGUUCUCAUCAAUCCGAACAAUUGGUGCUUUUGCAAUACUGCUGCAUACUCUUUGUUUUGGACUGUGUUGACCUUGAGUUGCUAUGAACCGGCAAUGUGGGGAAUCCAGAGUCAUGACAUCAUGCGAUUUUUGCUGGCCUCCAGACAGACACCCAUGAAUCUGGCUGCGCAGCAAUUUUUCCGAGAUAUCAUGCAUACGUGGGGAAGGGAUGAGAUCGGACGACACAAUUUCUCGAUCUCUCAGCAGGACUCCUCGGAGUUUGUUCAGGUUUGGCUGCAAAUGAUGCAGACUUCUGUCUUUCAGAUGCAAUGGGAAAAACGCAUGAGCGCUGCUGAUGCGACACAUGUCAUGGACAGCAAUCAGGAAGCCUGCGCCCCCCUUUGUUUGAAGUUUGAUGACACUCUCAUGCUCUCCCAGUUCUGCACCUUGACCUCCCUUGUGAAAACCUGGCACCAGGCAGAUGGAAUGCGCUCGGCAUUCUUGAGCUCCUCUCCAUGCGUUUGCAUUCACAUUGACAGAUGCGUCAUGGGCCCUGAGCUUACAGUCUACAAAUGCACCAGCAAACUGCAGAUCGAUGAGGUAUGCUGUAUUCCUGUUUUUCAAGAUGGCUCCAUCGCAUGCGAGUUUCAUGAAUACACGGUUGUGGCUGUGAUGUCACACCUUGGACAAGAUGGGGAAAACAUCACCAUGGCCUGGCUUGUACGUACGGAUGUGCUUCAUUUGCCCUACUACAGAGCUGAGCCUGAGACUCCAACCACAUCGACAGCUGAGCUGAUGCGACAGAGACUUCUGACUGACUUGCCUGGAAUCCAACUCACAGGUGGACUCUCCCAGAGUUCAUUUCUGGAGCUGAAGUACUGGCUACAGCACCAACCCAUUGACAUUGUCGUGCUGUCGGAGACGAAGUGGAGUUUUAACUCCUGCUGGUCAGAUGCCCAAUGGUCAUAUGUGCACUCUGCCUCCAACGACCCUCGAUCUGGAGGGGUGUUGAUCAUGAUCGCCAGACGCUUGGCAACACCGGACUCAAUCGGUUUCCUGGCCCUGGAAGAUGGCAGACUCUUACAUGUUCGAAUUCACCAUGCCAAGAGGGCUACCGACAUCCUGGCGGUCUACCAGCACGUGGACUACAAGACCACUCAGUCCCGCAAACUGAGAGCUCACUUGUGGGCCAAGCUUAGCGACUAUGUUGGACAACUUCCACAGCGAAACCAAUUCAUUUGCAGUGGAGAUUUCAAUACAGCCCUGCCGGGUGUGGCACCAUGGACAGGCACAGGACAUUUUCACUGGCAAGGAUCUCGGACCUGUGGAUCUCAACAUGAGGCGCUCACCACUGCUGUUGAUCAAGCCGUUGAGGAACCAGUUGACCCAUCGACAGAUCCGGAACAGAUCAUCACGCACUUUUUCGGACAUGGUAUCACUGGAGCCGAUAUUGCUCUGCACAGCGAGCCCACCAGAAAGAAGCCAGACAGGCUAGGGCCAGGCAAAAUUGCAGAUCAGUACACAGCGCAUUCCUUGACAGUUGCAUACGUCCGCACCACAUGGCAGGGACCAUCAAGCCUACCACAUUUCAGUGAUGAAGCCCCGGGAGUGCCGUUUUCCAUUUCAGAUCUCUGCGUUGCACUGCACAACCUGCACCCGCACAAAGCAGCGGCAAUGCCUUUUUUGCCAGCCACCGUUUGGAAAGAUCAGAACGCUGGUCGGCAACCACAGACGGUCAGUCCAACAGCAAAUGCGAUCCCCACCCAGGCUACGGCGUUGCCGUUGAAAACCAUGGGACGUUACCUGGGAGUGAUUGUUUCCUAUCAUGCAUUUGAACAGCAGACGUGGCUUCAUCGCAAGAAGACUGUACACCACAGCAUGCCGGACGUCCCCAUCGAUGGUGAUGCAUUGAUGACGACACCACAGGCCCCUGCAGCAUCCAGCCAAGCUGCACCUGCAGACCCAGUGACCAGUGGCAACCGAGCAGAACGGAAUAGCUUUUUGAUCACCACCCAGCCAUUUUGGCCGUGUGAGCUGUGCCAAACCAGAUGCGAUGACCUUCAGAGCCUGCACCGCCAUUUGAAGGCGGAACAUGAGGUGACUGUCUUCGACUGGAAUGUUGCCAGGGACUCAGUACCUGGCUCCACAGCAUGCUCUCACUGUGGCAAACCAUUCACCUCACGUGAUGGCUUGAGAACUCACAUAAUCACUGGCAAAUGUGAGUUUUUCGAUCCGACUGCGACAAACCACCCACUCAAUGCGGCAGAGAAGUGGCGCACUCAGCUGACACUUGGGUUUUUGGACAAACAACAUCUUUCAGCUCACCAGCGCUUACAGUUGACGCUGCAUUGCCAGCUAUGCGGCGAGAUCUAUGUGCGUUCCAAUGAUCUCAACGCGCAUCUCCAACAGGCGCAUGGACAGCUUUGGCAACGAUCCAAUGACCUAGUCAGGUACCUGCUUCAGACAUUGAUCAGCAGCCGCGGAUGCAUGUGCAAUCCAACGGUCAAUGAUGACAGUCGAACCCACAUCUGCCCAGGAGUUCGGCAAAUGGCCAUGAUUUUCUACACCAGUGAAACUGAGAUGUUCAUACCGCAGCAGUACAACGAGCAGACAUUGCGACUCACACACCGUGCACUGGAAAAUCAUGCAAGAUUUCAGAUGCUGUUAAAUGUGGUGCUGGACCGGGACUUCAGCCAUCUUUGGCAUACGCAGCAACUGAACGUGCUGAACAACUGCAGAUCCAUUUUGCCUCGAACUGCCCCGUCCUCCAGCAAAUUGCCCUUGUGUUGCAGCCACUCCAUGGACGAUCAGCUGAUGCUCGACCAGUCGGACACGGAGCUCCUGCAGUCUUUCCAACAUCUGGGACCCCUCCUGAUGCAGGCGAGCCAGUACAUGCGGGAAAAAGACGAAGAGCCACUGAACAAGAAGCUCAAGCAGGAACCCGUCGGCGCAGACAAGGCCGCUCAGCCACACAACCCCCAGAACAAGGCCCUGCUCACACUGAUCCAUCACCUGGCCAAGGUGGUCCUGCAACACGAUCGGGCCAUCCAGAUGGAUCGCAGACAGGACUCCUUCGUUAUCUUUGCCCAAGUCAGUGCGGAAGGAGCCCUCCCACUGCUGACGUCGAAGGCCAAAGAGUGGAAGGACAUGACGGAGAAGACCACCACCCUCCGCACCUUCCUGCUGAAGCACCUGAUCCUGGAGCUACAACAGAGGGCCAUCAAGUUGUCCCAGAGCACACAGGGGACCCAACUGUGGGACGUGGCAGUCACCAAAGGAGUGAUUCUCCAGGACGGGUCGUGGCCGUUCCAACAGUGGUGCCACACAGAGAAGAAGCUCACCAAGUCUCAUCGGGCACCGCUGCCCAUGAGCCGCAUCCUGAAGGACCUCCAGUUCAUGGUGGAGCUCCUGACCGACAACGAUCAUGUGAUGCGCUUCCAUUCACUGAGGCCUCAAGCCAAUGUGGUUCCCUGGAUGCUCCAGAUCAACCUGCGCGAGGACGACCUGUGGAGACUGUUCCACCAGCUGAGUCAGUCCACCCUGUGGGGACUCCUGGGCCUGAGUCUCAAGCAGCACAACCAACAGGUCAGCAAACCAGCGCAGUUACUGGAUCAGCUGACCAACAUGCAGGGGACACCGAACAAAGGACUGAGUAGAGGCACAUUCACCCUGACAGAUUGGGGACGCCAACAUGACUUGUUUCGUGAUCUCCUGCUGGAACUCAGGCCUCAGCCUUUUAAUUUGGAUGCACAACUCUGGUUUCAGGGCAUUACCCAGAAUUGGGAUGAAAAUCGAGGCCAAGCAGAUUCAGCAGAGUUCACAAGCAUGCUGUUGCAAUGGGUUGCACCAUCCUUCCUUAGCUGCCACUGGCAACGCAGGCUGAUGGAAAAUGAAUGCGUGCGGGUACAUGACCAAGGUGACAGGUAUCAACCACUCACGUUGCAACUUGACCCUUCACACAGCACAGACGGUAUUGCACGCCUGACCGACAUGCUGAGGCGAUGGCACAACGACCUGGGCAUGUAUGCUGGCCUGCUGCAAGCCCCAGAAGUCCUGUGUGUCCACGUGGACCGAUUCAUCUAUGAGGGUCAUGGCAGAGUGCGCAAGACAGAUACUCCGGUGUUUUUCGGAGGGCCCAUUGACGUGCCCGUUUUUACAGAUGAUGGACUGGACUGCACAUGGGAACGAUAUCAAAUGACUGCGGCGUUUGCACACCAAGGAGAUGCAGCCACAGGACACUACCAGGCCCUGCUGCGCACCCAGCCCAGCAUCCGGCAUCCAGACGCCGAUACCUACUGGCUGCACUGUGAUGAUGACAGGCCGCCACGGCCAUGCCGAAUGCUUCCUCACCAAUUCCAAGAGGGAGUGACAUGCAUCUGGCUUUGCCGCCAGGAUAUCAUAGACCUGCAUGCAUGGGAAGAGGAUUUGCUAACCACUCCUCCCGGACAUGCUCAGAACCAGGACCAGCUAUUGAAGCUCCUGCAACAGCCGAAUUGGAUCAGCAGGGGUCAGAACCAGCGCUCCGAAGCCAUCUCAGCUCUCACUGACUCUUCUGCAAAGUUCUACUUCCUCUACUAUCCUUUCACAAUCUUUCGCAUCUUU